CUGAAAAUGGAGCACUUGCAGCCACUUAACUUCACCACCCCUUCCCCUACCAGUUUCCCAGAAGAGGACUAUCACUAUGGCAUUUUCCGCUUGAGGAAAAUAUUGAGGAUAACAUGUUACAGCAUAACUUUCCUUUUGGGAACAGUGGGCAACGGACUGGUCAUAUGGAUCGCUGGAUUCCGAAUGAAAAAGACAGUUAAUACCAUCUGGUUCCUUAACCUUGGCAUUGCCGACUUUUCUUUCUGUCUUGUUCUUCCUCUCCACAUAUUAGAUUGGGCAAUGGAUGGCCGCUGGCACUUAGGACAACUAAUGUGCAAAGUCAUGUUUACCAGCCUUUUCCUAAACAUGUCCGUCAGUAUCUUUCUCUUAAUGACCAUCAGCAUGGACCGUUGCACCUCUGUCCUGUGCCCUGUGUGGACAAAAAAUCAUAGAUCUGUAAAGUUGGCUACGAACAUCUCAGUGAUAAUCUGGCUCUUGUGCUUGGCUCUCAGCUCUCCUUAUCUUGCUUUUUAUGAUACUGAGCAUUACCCAGACAUUAAUACUACAUAUUGUAUAACCACGUAUGCGACCUGGGAUAAUGCAACGUUCUUUGAUUACCAAACAUGGUUUCUAAGGCACAAAGCUAUGGUUGUCACCAGGAUUAUAUCAAUGUUCCUGAUCCCAUUUUCCAUCAUCCUUGUUUGCUAUGGGCUCAUUGUAUUCUGGAUGAGAAGAAGCAGCAAACGCCUUGGGUCCAGUCGAACUUAUAAGAUCAUAGUUACAGUUGUCCUUUGCUUCUUUUGCUGCUGGUUUCCUUACCAUUUGUGCAUUCUCCUCAGUAUUAUGGCAGUUACAAUUCACUGGCUCUUUGAUAUUAUACUGUAUGAUAUUGCACACUGCUUGGCUUACUGCAACUGUUGUCUCAAUCCAAUGAUUUAUGUCUUUGUUGGCAGAGACUUUAAGAGAUCAUUAAAGAAGUCAAUUCCAUUUCUUCUGGAAAGCACAUUCAGAGAGAGAGGGGACCCUCUUGAAUCACAUGACACUGUAGGAACUGAACUGGUGACAUACAAUGCGGUACAAACAAAAGUGAAUCUGAUUUCUGAUACAGAUGUACAGUAACUUGUAUUAUCCCAACACACUAUCUUCUCGGAUCAUUAUAUCUCCAUUCUUAUUAUUUAGUCAGCUUUACUUCCUUCACAGUUUCCUGCAACUGUAACAGUAUACUCGAGACAGUUUGUCUUGCCUUGUCUAGUUUUAGUAGCUCAGAUGCUGACUGUAUUUAUUCAAUAUAUUUAUCAAUGUUAAUUCAUUUCCAAAUGUGGUUAGCCCAGACAAUCUUGUGUGAUACAGAGAUAUAAUAGAUAGAGCAGGGAUC